AUGGUCUCGGCUGGUGGUGGCGGAGGCUAUGAAUGGUGUAGUGGUGGCCAUGCAGGCGGAUUAGUUGGAGGAAAUUCAGUUGGUAAAGUGUACACAGCAUAUGAAGCAACACAAACAAGAGGUAACGUAAACGGAAUAGGUGACAAUGGCUACUCUAAAGAUGAUGUUCAAAAUGGUGGAGGUCAAGGAAACUGCGGUUGUGGUGGCGGUUAUUAUGGAGGGAAGACAUCCGAACACGAAGGAUUUGAGUCAGAUGUAGGAGGUAGUGGUGGAAGUUCCUACAUUUCCGGCCAUCCGAAGUGUUUACUUCAUAGUUCGGGGUUCAAGUUUUCUAAUACAAAGAUGCUAGCAGGAAAUGAACGCAUACCUCUUCCAUCGGGAGACUAUGCAAUUGGUAACUAUGGUGAUGGUUAUGUUAGAAUUCAAAAUUUUAGAUUUUCAGAAAAAAAUGUUGCCAGUCGAAUUCAAAAUUUGAGGUAUUUUUUUAGAAGUUUCUCGAAAAUAUUCCAGAAAAUUCUCAUGAAUCAAAUGCUAUUUAUAAACUUACGUAAAUAA